GCUGCAUGUAGCCAGAGUCCUAUGAAGAAGAGGAGAAAUUCCAGGCUGAUGCAGGACGGAGAGCCCAUGAGCCCAGAAACGCAGGGCCUGAAGAGUACUGCGGAGGAGGAGGAGGUCCAGCCAGCCUUGCCCUCUGCGCCACCAGUACCACAGUCGCCCCCGCCACCCCCGCCUUGUCCCCGGCCUCGGCUGGUCUUCCACACACAGCUGGCCCACGGCAGCCCCACCGGACGCAUCCACGGCUUCACCAAUGUCAAGGAGCUCUACGCCAAGAUCGCAGAAGUCUUCAACAUCUCACCUUCGGAGAUCCUGUUCUGUACUCUGAACUCCCACAAAGUGGACAUGCAGAAGCUUCUAGGCGGGCAGAUUGGGCUGGAGGACUUCAUCUUCGCCCAUGUGAGAGGGGAGACCAAGGAGGUGGAGGUCACCAAAACGGAGGACGCGCUGGGCCUGACCAUCACAGACAACGGCGCUGGAUACGCCUUCAUCAAGAGAAUUAAGGAGGGCAGUACUAUAGAUCUGCUGAAGACUGUAUGUGUGGGUGACCACAUCGAAGCCAUCAAUGAUCAGAGCAUCGUCGGCUGCCGGCACUACGAAGUGGCCAGGAUGCUGAAGGAGCAGACCCGGGGCGUGCCCUUCACACUGCGGCUGGUGGAGCCCAAGAAGGCCUUUGACAUGAUUGGCCAGAGAACGAGGGCCCCCAAAUCGAGCGAAGGGAAGAUUGUGAGCGGAAAGGAGACCCUGCGGCUGAGAUCCAAAGGGACAGCUACUGUGCAGGAGGUGCCUAAUGAGUUUGAAGAACGAGCCACUAAGAAGGUCGACGACUUGCUGGAAAGCUACAUGGGAAUCCGCGACCUUGAACUCGCGGCCACUAUUGUGGAGGCGGGCAAAGACAAGAAGAACCCAGAUGAUUUCGCAGAGGCUCUGGACUCAGUGCUGGGUGACUUUGCCUUCCCGGAUGUCUUCCUGUUCGACGUGUGGGGCGCUAUUGGCGAUGUAAAGAACGGAAGAGUGUAGAGGUACAGCGCAACCUGCCUGAUUCGCCCAUGUGAAUGUAGCAGAACCACCUUUUUAUCCCUUUACAAUCGUGAAACAUCUUCAGUAAAUGUAGGUGACUUUUUGGCAUCUGAACCAAAUCUAACAAACAAAGGACAGGACUAUAUGUAAGUGCUUUUCUUUUGACAAACUUACUAAUAGACUCACAUAGCUGAUCCCAUACAAACUCCUACUUGUAUCCAUAUAUAACAGGAAAUGCUUAAUGUCUGCAUUAUAUUUCAGAGUUAAAUAUACUUAAAAAAUUGCCUACUGUACUUUUAUGCCUAAACAAAUGAAGGUCUUCUCAGUCCAUCUUCAUGCCUAAGAAAAUGAAGGUCUUCUCUGUCUGUAACAAAAAAUAUAAUGUAGUUUUAUGGGUUUUUUUGUGUUAAACUGCUUGUAAAUACUGCUUUGAUCAAAGCAGUGAGAUUGUAUUUAACGCAGUAUUUUGCAUGUUUAUCUUUAUGGAAGGCCAGGGACUAUAUCAAAUGAAAUCUGAAAAUCUGGGUGUGAUAGUUUAGCCGUUCAUUGCUUUGUUGCAUUUUGAGCCUCAUACCCUUGUGAAGACCUGACAAUAAUGGCGACAUUUUCACAUUAAUUGACUGCGAAUAAAAACAUUAACAUUCA